AGGAGAUUAAUAGAAAACAAAAUUAGCCGCAAUUCCUUGCCUACUCAAGAGUUGAAUUUAGAGAUGAUCAAUAAUCGCAUUGGUGAACUCGGUUGUCUUUGCUUUGCCUCCAAGAUCAGCAGUUCUGCAAUUGCGUUGAGGAUGGCAUUUUGAAUGUGGUCCGCUUUGUCAUGGAUUUGCCAAAUUCUACACAAGUAUUGCAGAGGAAGAUCCAAUUUUGAGUUUAAUGUUUCACCUCCUGUGGGUCUUCAAUUCUAAGAAUCUCAGACUAAAAUUCUUCCCUCAAACACUUAAAUGGGUUUCCACUUCAGCCACCAAAGCCCCUCCUUCAGAAGACCCACAACACUUCGUUCGUAUUUUCUUCAAUGCAAGACAAAACCACAACCACUACGAAUGCGAGCUUGCACUUGUUUCCGCUCUCAAGUGUUGUUCCUCAUUCUCCGCCGCUCUGUUGGGCCGCCAGUUCCAUUCCUUGGUCGUCAAACUCGGAUUUCAUUCCAACACCUUCAUUCGUAACAGCUUGAUCAGCAUGUACUCUAAAUGCGGCUCCUUGUUCGAUGCCCAGUUGCUCUUUAAGGCUUGUCCUACGUUGGACCAUGUUUCUUGUAAUAUCAUGGUGUCUGGGUACAUGAGAGCUAGCCAAAUUGGCUAUGCCCGCCAACUGUUUGACGUAAUGCCUGGUAAAGGUUUUGUAUCCUAUACCACCAUGAUAAUGGGUCUUGUUAAAAAUGGUUGCUUUGGGGAUGCCCUUGAAGUUUUUAAGGACAUGAUGGAUCACAGUGUGGUCCCUAAUGAGGUCACUUUGGUGAAUGUAGUGUCUGCUUGCUUACAUUUUGGUGAGAUAUGGAACUGCCGGAUGGUUCACGCAUUGAUUAUUAAGUUGGUUGUUGAGGGGCAGGUAGUUGUCUCGACUAAUUUGAUGCAUGCUUAUUGUGGUUGUUUGGGUUUAGGGGAAGCGAGGAGGCUGUUUGAUGAGAUGCCUGAGCCUAAUUUGGUGUCCUGGAAUGUGAUUUUGAAUGGGUAUUCAAAGGCGGGGCAUCUUGAGAUGACCAAGGAGUUGUUUGAGAGGAUUCUUGAUAAGGAUGUUGUUUCUUGGGGGACGAUGAUCGAUUGUUGCAUCCAAACAACUUGUUUGCAUGAAGCUUUGGUGAUGUAUCGUGCAAUGCUUCAGAAUGGAAUAGGGCCUAAUGAAGUCAUGGUUGUGAAUUUGGUUUCAGCAUGUGGUCGUGAGACAGCAGUCAGCGAAGGUCGGCAAUUGCAUGGAACAGUUGUUAAAAAAGGAUUUGACUGUUACAAUUUCAUACAGACUACGAUCAUCUAUUUUUAUUCAUCUUGUGGGAUGAUGGACCUUGCCAAUUUACAAUUUGAAGUGGGUGUAAAGGAUCACCUAAAAUCAUGGAAUGCUCUUAUUGCUGGAUUCAUAAAAAAUAAAAUGAUGGAGCAGGCAAGGCAAAUCUUUGAAGAGUUGCCCGAAAGAGACGGAUUUUCGUGGAGUACAAUGAUUGCUGGCUAUGCACAAACUGAACAACCAAGAAUGGCUCUUGAUCUCUUCCACAAAAUGAUAGCUAGUGGGGUCAAACCAAAUGAAGUUACCAUGGUGGGUGUAUUUUCCGCAAUUGCCACUCUAGGUGCAUUGAAUGAAGGAAGAUGGGCCCAUGAGUACACUACUAGUGAAUGCAUUCCUUUGAAUGACAAUUUAUGUGCAGCCAUGAUUGAUAUGUAUGCAAAAUGCGGGAGCAUCAACACCGCCUUACAAUUUUUCAAUCAGAUUCGAGACAUUGUGUCUUCCGUGUCUGCAUGGAAUGCAAUUAUAUGUGGAUUAGCAUCACACGGACAUGCAAGUAUGUGCCUAGAGGUUUUCUCUGAUUUGCAAAGGUAUGGUAUUAAGCCCAAUCCAAUUACAUUUAUAGGAGUCCUUAGUGCUUGUUGUCAUGCUGGGCUGGUGGAUCAUGGGCAGAGAAUAUUUCGAAGCAUGAAGAGUGUAUAUAAUGUUGAACCAGAUAUCAAGCAUUAUGGCUGUAUGGUUGAUCUUGGUAAGAAGAGUAUUGUGGAGUCAGAGAAUGGAAAGAAUGCCUGGGUUCAGUGGUGUUGUAAGAUAGUUAAAGAAGUUCCAUACACAUUGUUUUUGCUAAUUUAUCCAAUGAAUAUGCUGAACUUUUCAGUAAGUUUUCCUUUUAGAAAUCAUCACUGAGCCGUUUUUAUAUAUUGUCUAGAGCUCCUUAACAAUUUUGAUUCAAGUAUAUAUUUAUAUAUGAGCUUCAAAAUAAUAUUUUCUUUUCCUUCAAGUUUAUU